UAUCAUGGCGAAGCGUAAGUCAACGUGUAAUAAUUCAAAUAUGGCUUUCAUGCAGUUGUCUAUGAUCGGCCUCGCCCUUGUGCUACUAUUUGAACCUGGUCAUGCAGUCGACAAGUCCAAUUUCAAAACUGUUGAUCAAUGUGGAUUUGCAAGGCGGCACAAAGACAUCCCUGAAGGCCAGUCCCCCUAUGCAGCUGUCCUAGAUUCCUUCCACAUCGAGGCUGAUGGGGUGAUGCGGGGAAACAUCCUCAACACCAAGAAUGGUAUCCUGCUCAGUCUAGAGGUCUUUGGCCUGGAGGAUAGGAUGGUCCGGUUCAAGGUCAACGAACUGAGUCCCAUCAGACCAAGAUACGAGGUCCCGGAUGUCCUGGUUGUAGAACCAACUCCUAUCAGAUGGAAAAUCAACAAGCAGGACUCAACGUCCAUCGAGGCCGCCACCAGCUCGGGCAUCACGGUGCUGCUCUCCUCGGAGCCGUUCCGCAUGGACUUCUACGACAACAAGCAGCUCGUCUUCAGUAUCAACCCGAGAGGGCUCAUGAAGUUUGAACAUCAGCGGGAGAGGAGAAACUCUUUGGACCAGGGUGAAGAAGGCCCUGGUCUACUUGACCUUGCUAAAGAUGCCAUUCUUGAUUUGGUUGGUUACAGAUCCGUGGAAGACCAAGACCAGCCGGCGGAGGGUGGAGAGGAGGUGGACAACGUGGAGCCGGCGGUGGUGGAGGAGCAGGAGCAGGAGGAGCUUGAGGAGGAGCCGGAGGAGCCAGAUAUGUGGGAGGAGACCUUCAAAUCACACACCGACAGGAAACCAUACGGCCCUUCAUCGAUUGGACUGGACUUCUCCUUUCCAGGUUUUGAGCAUGUCUACGGAAUCCCAGAACAUGCCGAUUCGCUUGCCCUCAAGCCAACAGGACCAUCUGAUCCAUAUCGUCUUUACAAUCUGGAUGUAUUUGAGUACGACUUGGACAAGCGCAUGGCUCUCUAUGGAUCUGUACCUUUUAUGCAAGCCCACAACAAAGAGAGGACAGUUGGGUUGUUCUGGUUGAAUGCUGCUGAGACUUAUAUUGAUAUUUCAUCUAACACUGCUGACAAGUCUGUCUUUGGAAGGAUGUUUGACUACGUGAAGGGGGAGAGUGAUGUCCCACAGGUCGACACCCAUUGGUACUCUGAGUCUGGUAUCAUCGACACCUUCCUUCUCUUCGGACCUUCCCCAAUGGAUGUCUUAUCUCAGUAUACUGACCUCACUGGCAAGCCAUUCCUUCCUCCACUAUUUUCAAUAGCAUACCAUCAGUGUCGCUGGAAUUACAAUGAUGAAGAAGAUGUUAAACAAGUUGAUGCUAACUUUGAUGAGCAUGAUAUCCCAUGUGAUGUGAUCUGGCUUGAUAUUGAACACACCGACGGAAAGAGAUAUUUGACGUGGGAUAACCAUAAAUUCCCAGAUCCUGGGAGAAUGUUGGAUCAUUUGGCUGCUAAGGGAAGAAAGAUGGUGACCAUUGUGGAUCCCCACGUCCACCGCGACAACAACUAUCACAUGUACAAGGAAGGCAAAGACAACGAUUAUUUCGUCCACAAACAAGAUGGCAGUGAAUACGAAGGCUGGUGUUGGCCAGGUUCAUCCAGCUACCCAGACUUUACCCGCAAGGACGUGCGUGAUUGGUGGGCAAGCCGGCUGAGCCAUGACAGCUACCAGGGCAGUCGCCCCAACCUCUUCAACUGGAAUGACAUGAACGAGCCGUCCGUGUUCAACGGACCUGAGGUCACUAUGCACAAGGAUGUCGUCCAUGCCGAUGGCUGGGAGCAUAGAGAUGUGCACAAUCUGUACGGACUGUACUUUCACAUGGCAAACGCUGAAGGUCAGAUACAGCGAUCUGGAGGCACAGAAAGACCAUUUACUCUGUCAAGAGCCUUCUAUUCUGGAACACAGAGAUAUGGUGCUAUCUGGACAGGUGACAAUGCAGCAGAGUGGGGUCACUUGAAGGCUAGUAACCCUAUGCUGCUAAGUAUUGGUCUAGCAGGAAUCCCAUUUAUUGGAGCUGAUGUUGGUGGAUUCUUUAAAAACCCAGAUGAAGAACUGCUCACCCGAUGGUAUCAGGCUGGCGCCUAUCAGCCCUUCUUCCGUGCCCACGCUCACAUCGACACCAAGCGUCGGGAACCGUGGUUGCUACAGCCGGAGAGCAAGCUCAUCAUACGCAACGCUAUCCGCGCCAGAUACGCACUUCUUCCCUUCUGGUACACGCUCUUCCACAACUCCUCACAGACUGGCCUUCCACCUAUGAGACCAAUGUGGAUGGAAUUUCCCAAGGACGCUGAUACCUUUUCGAUGGAAGACCAGUAUAUGCUUGGUAACGCCUUACUGGUUAGCCCAAUCUCAGAUCAAGGAUCAAGAGCUACGUCUGUGUAUUUCCCAGGCAAUGAUCCAUGGUUUGAUGUAGAUACGUUCUUCGCAUACCAGGGACCAGCUACUCAUAAUGUGAACGCUGACCUAGAUAAGAUCCCAGUCUUCCAACACGGUGGGUCCAUCGUCCCCAGGAAGGAGAGGGUCAGACGAUGCUCAUCGCUAACCGUCGAUGAUCCUUACACCCUGACUGUAGCCUUGAAUAAUGCUGGCUCAGCUAAUGGCGAUCUCUACAUCGAUGAUGGUCACAGCUUUGAUUACAAACAGCAGAAAUACAUUUAUCGACAAUUCACCUUCAGUGCCAACAAACUAGAAUCAAGGGCAUUAUCGGGAGCUGGAUUUGAAACCAAUUCCUGGCUGGAGAGAGUAGUCAUCAUUGGACUAAAGUCAGUACCAAAGAAAGUAGAACUUAUUUCACAAACCAUCACCCAGUUGUCUUUCAGUACCUCUCACAACAGACAAGUCUUGACGAUACGUAAACCAGGCGUCAACAUUGGCCAGGACUGGACAAUACGUCUAUCUUAGAUAAUAAAUAGCAAUAAAUAAGCGUUUCAAACAAUUGAUUUAAUACGUAGGGAGCAUGUAUAAUUCCUUGAUUUUCACAAUGUGUGUGUAAAAGGAAGAAGCCCAAAUCUUUACCAUUUUUUGUUUCAAUGUGUGAACAUAUCGUAAACGAUAUGUCAAUUUCAUUAUUAACUUUUUGAUUUACUGCUGUUUGAAUAGCUGUGAUACACGACUUUGGUUUGAAAUCAAAGGUAUAGAAGAAUGACCUUUAAUACCAAAGCUAGAUGCAGACUUCUGCUGCGACUUCACAGGUUUUCGAACCAUACCACCUCGCAAUGUUUUUUGUUGCCAAUUUAAGCGUGCCCUAGCAUUGACGUGAAUGUAAGGCUGUAAGGUGGUAUUGUUUGAAAGCUUUCCUGACCGAUUUUGCAUUCUUACUUCAAAGUGUAGUCCAAUUGUACGAGAUAUUCUUUAUUGAUAUGAUGUAGUCCUAUUUACAAGCAGCAAAUUUAUUUGUAUAUUGGUUUGUAGAGGUUGUAGUUAGGUUUAAUAGAUAUUAAAUAUCAACAUGAUAAUAUUUCUUUCAUUUCAGUUUUAAGUGGAAUUAUGCCUGGGUACACUUUGAAAUGAUGAUGAUGAUGAUGAUGAUGACUACUUCUUUUUUAACACCGAUAUCCACCUCUGCUGGUUGCAUAAUUGCUCUAAAAAUGUCUCACAAAAUUCAAUGUAUUUAUCAGUGUGUCGAUUAAAUAAAAUAUGAACGUUAUUAUAGACGAAUAUAUACGAGUGCAAAUUUGAAUCAAUUUUGAUUAUACAUGUAGUAUACUUAAGUAGUAUAUGUAAGUAAAUACACCUCUAUUCUUUAUUUUGCAUUUGUGACAAAUCAUAACAGCACAACAUAUUAUUUGAGCUAGCAUUAUGGUACACCCUUUGGUAUUAAUAAUAGUAAUACAUGUAUUUGGUAUAACAUUGCAUUUACAAUCACUGAAAUUUAUUUUAGUGAUACAUACCGGAUUUGACAGUACAUGAAUUGUUUUGAUCAUUUAAUAUUUACAUUUGUAUUUGAUGCGAUGGUUGAAGUACCAAAGUACUAGCCUCUUGCCUCGGGCUGUAUACUUUUGUUUGUCAUAUUUUCUUUUUUUCAGCUCUCUGGCAUUAUUCAAACAGAUUUAAUAUUUAGAUUCACGAUGUUUGAAUGAAAUGAUCUACAGUAUUUGAUACUUAUUUCAUGCAUACACUGUACUUGAUUAUAAAUCAUUAUUUGUCAAUAUAUUUAUGUUGUCCUUCUUUCCCCUGUAUGAAAUUAAAGGAAACAAAUCAUGUCUACAACAAAACUUGGGUUUAAUAACAAUAUUGAUCUUUUAGGCUUGAAAGAAAAAUCUCAAAUUGUGACACAAUUUCACCUACGCUCAAAACUUGAACUGACAAUUUAUAGUAAGAGCAGCUUGUGAGCCAAUAUUAAUAAUAAUAUUGAUCGUAAAACAAAAAUUACCACAGCGCUGACAAAUUACAGAAUGUGAAGAGAAAGAUGAAGACUCCUAUAAUAUUUCUGUAUGUAACAACAAAUUCUGUCAAAAUUAUCUUCACAUGACGGGAUUGAGGGAAACUUUUAUGCUGUUCAUAUAUUAUAAAGAUUGUGGCUUUUGACAUAACAUUUGUAUAAGGCUUGUCUGGCAUAUCAACAAGUAAUGUAUGUUGUCUGGCUUUUGUACCAUACUGUAUUGUAAUCGAUUCACAGACUAUUUUAAAGGUGAAUGAUAUAACUUAUCAGUUGGCUUUUGGAAAGAAGCAUUUGUAAUUGUGAACAUUUAUGAACUUAAAAUAGUCUGUCCAUGUGUAAUUGUCUUUUGUAUUUGAUCAGUGUGAGAUUAUACAUAAUUCCAAUGCCUUCUAGUGAAGUAAAACAAAUAAUAUUGUGAUGUGAAAUUGUAAUUAUGAUGACAUAAUGUAGGCAUAUUUUCUACAAAGUGAAACGGCAAGAAGAAGUUGUAUACAAUGUUGAAUACCAAUGAAAAUAAAACCAUGACAUUAGUUUGGAAAAGAAA